UUAAUUCGUCACCCGUUCAUUCCCUUUUCACCAUUUCUCCGAAACAGCAGACUUCCCAGUUCUCGAAAAUGCCCCCUCAAACCAGAAGAACGUCGUUCCCGACCGUGGUCAUUGAGAGAGACACCGACUCCGAAGAAAGUUCGUCGGACGAAGAAGAAGAGGAAGAGGACGACGUCGUAGAGGCGGAAGAGGUUGAAAAUGGGGAAGCAGUUGAAGAGGAACCGGUGGCGAAGAAGAGAGAGAAAGUUCCGAUCACUAUCAGUCUCAAGAAAGUCUGCAAAGUGUGUAAGAGAACGGGUCAUGAAGCGGGAUUCAAGGGGGCUACGUACAUUGAUUGCCCAAUGAAACCAUGUUUUCUCUGCAAAAUGCCUGGCCACACAACAAUGAACUGUCCACAUCGGGUUGCUACUGAGCAUGGGGUAAUCCCAGCACCCCAUAGAAACGCUCAUAAUUCUAUGGAGUACGUCUUUGAACGCCAGAUUAGGCCCAGUGUCUCCAAAAUCAAGCCAGCUUUUGUGGUUCCAGAUCAAGUGCAUUGCGGGGUUAUCAGAUACCAUAGUAGAAGAGUGACAUGUUUGGAGUUCCAUCCAACAAAUAAUAACAUUUUGUUAUCUGGAGAUAAGAAAGGACAACUUGGAGUUUGGGACUUUGGUAAAGUGCAUGAAAAGAUAGUUUAUGGGAACAUCCAUGGUUGCAUACUCAACAAUAUGAAGUUCAACCCCGCAAAUGAUGGAACAGUAUAUGCUGCAUCUUCAGAUGGAACCAUAAGUUGCACCGAUUUGGAGACUGGAAUUUCGUUAUCGUUGAUGAACCUUAAUCCUAAUGGUUGGCAGGGCCCUAGCAGUUGGAGAAUGCUUUAUGGCUUGGAUGUCAAUCCAGAGAAAAGUCUUGUGCUUGUUGCAGAUAAUGUUGGACUUCUUUACUUGGUUGACAUGCGUUCCAACAGUAAAGUAGGGGAGGCCACCUUGAUUCAUAAGAAAGGAAGCAAAGUUGUGGGGCUACACUGCAAUCCUGUUCAGCCGGAUCUUCUUUUGAGCUGUGGAAACGAUCAUUUUGCUCGUAUUUGGGACAUGCGUCAAUUAAAAGCUGGAUCGUCGCUUUACAAUCUUGCACACAAACGUGUUGUUAACUCUGCAUAUUUUUCACCACAAAGUGGCAGCAAGAUACUUACCACAUCACAGGACAACCGCUUGCGAGUAUGGGAUUCUAUCUUCGGCAAUUUGGACUCCCCAAGUCGAGAAAUAGUACAUAGUCACGAUUUCAAUCGACAUUUGACACCUUUUCGUGCGGAAUGGGAUCCAAAGGACCCAUCAGAGUCCCUCGUGGUUAUUGGACGCUACAUUAGUGAAAACUAUAAUGGGGCUGCUUUGCAUCCCAUUGAUUUUAUAGACAUAAGCAACGGGCAACUUAUUGCAGAGAUCACUGAACCAAACAUUACAACUAUCAGUCCUGUGAACAAGCUACAUCCACGAGAUGACGUUUUGGCAUCUGGUAGUUCAAGGUCUCUUUUUAUUUGGAGACCAAAAGAGGAGUCUGAGAUUGUGCAAGAGAAGGAUGAAAAGAAGAUUAUUGUUUGUGGUGGAAAGGCUGAAAAGAAACUCAACAAGAAGUUUGCGGGCGAAAGUGAUGAUUCUGACGAUGACCUUUCCACACUCAAGAGUAAGAACUCCAAGCCUGGAAAAGCUGCACCAAAAACAUCUCGUUAUAGCAUUAAGGGCAAGCGGUAAAAAUAUAUCGCGGUCUUCCUGUAAAGACGAACUGAAGUUUACCAUACAGUCCUGUAAUAGUAGUUUUUUGAGCUGGUAAUGGGUGGUUUUCAUAGGCCAAUCUUGGUUAUACUGUUCGCCCUUCCUCCGUCGGGCUGCAGACUAACACCACUUUGGUCUUCAGUGAUUUUUGUAUCGAACCAGGAUGCGCGUUUUUUGUAAAAUAUUUAUGUUUGGUCUGUUA